AUGCGAUCUCCCAGCUUUGCCCGCAACGUUGCGUUGCUGGCUGCAACUAUCGCAAACCCUGUAUUCGGCCUUCCUGUCGCCAACAACACACAAGUUGCGCAAAGAGUCGAAUGGAGGAGUCUGUCGGAUUCAGCAAAGGCGGAUUACAUCAAGGCCGUAAAAUGCCUCGACAGCCUGCCAUCAAAACUUGGUCUCGAAACUUCGCGCUACAACGACUUUCCUUACGUUCACGCGCAUCUCAACAUUCAGAUUCACUUUGUUGCCCAAUUCCUGCCAUGGCACCGAUACUUUGUCCACAUCUACGAGACUGCUUUGAGGGAUGAAUGCAGUUACACUGGUCCCAUGACUUACUGGGACUGGACCUUGGACUCCGAGGACAUGUCGAAGAGCCCCGUCUUUUCGACCGAUGCCACCACAGGCUUCGGCGGCAAUGGACUCAACGGCGGCCUUACGUCGCCAUCUCGCCCAAAUCCGUUGACGAUGUGCGUGACCGACGGUGCAUUCGCCAACUUCACUGUUCCGUACUUCGAUACGACACCAAGAGCGCAUUGCUUGAACCGCGGAUUCAACGACGGCAUUGGCGUCGACAACGGCAAGUUCCAGGGCAAGGCCUACUCCCCUACGAGGAUUUCGGAAAUCACCGAGACUUCUGGCAACUUUUCGCAAUUCGCGACGGCGUUGGAGAACGGGCCUCAUGGUGCGAUUCACAAUUCGGUGGGCGGAGACCUGAUCCCCUCAACAUCUCCUAAUGACCCGCUCUUCUUCCUUCACCAUGUGCAGAUUGACAGACUUUGGUGGUUGUGGCAGCAGGAGGCGCCUGAGAGCCGCACGCAAGACUUCUCAGGCAUAAGGAUUUUGGAGACUGGUCAGGUGGAUGAGAGGCCGGCAACUUUGAACGACAAUAUGCCUAUGUUGGGUCUUGCGCCAGAUAUCGCUAUUCAGCAGGUUAUGUCAACAAACAAUGCCCUGUUGCAGUACAAGUACUAG